GUGUCGUGGGUCCUGUUUUGGGCUCCUGAAUGUUAACCUACGAGCUAGCUUAGCUGGCGAGGAAGUUCAAUAUGUGGAUGGUUUAAAAGAUUAAAACUACAACCACAGAGAACUCAAUAGAAUGAUGGAAACAUUAAGAGAUGAAGAUAUGUCUAAACUAUCCAGAACAGAACUGCGUAAGCAGAAACUUGCAGAGUAUUUGGCAAUGAAAGGCAGAUUGAAGCCACCAAACCCCAAACCUUACCUCAAGGACAGUGCAGUUCUAAAGAAGAAUUCAGGUGAAGGAAAGGAGAACCAUGUCCUCCCCAGUGCUAUGGGUGCAAAAAAAGAUGCAAAGACUGAAAAAACAUUUACGAAGAACAAAAACUUCACCACUUCAAAAUUGGAGUUGAGAACCAUAUCCAAGGCCCCUUCUGCCAUUAGCAUACCUCUGCACUUCAAACCAAGUAUGUCUCAGACUGCCCGCCAGUAUUAUGGAACACAGAAUAUGAAUGGAACAACCUUUGCUAGAAAUGCCUCUCUCAAACAGUUACCAUCUAAAGUUGCUCCCCAAAAAUGUGUCGGGGUUCAACAGUCUAACACUGCUAAGAUUCAUACACGCACCCCAUUUGGGUCCUCUUCUCUCAAAGCACAUGGAAAUGGUGCCGAGACAAAUUUCUCAAGAAAAGGAAAGGAAUCUGCAUUACAUAACACAACAUCCAUAUCGUUGCUCAAAUGUUACACAGUAGCAAAGCAGCCAUCAAAUACUGUCCAAAAGAAUGUUGAAGCCAAACAAUUUACUAGGACACAAAUCAGACUUGCACAGAAUGGCACUAAGGCUAGUGUAACAAGACCAGGACAAAAGCCCAGAGUUAGUCAUGGUCAGGGCAAAAGAUCCAGUGGCUCUGUUCAGUUCAAGGAACCUUUGAUGUGUAAAUCGCAGGCAAAACCAGUCAGAACCCAACUUUUUCGGAAUAAGUCUCUUUUGCAAGGGACACAAUUAAAUAAGCCAGGUCCUACUACGCAAGCAGCUUAUAGCUCAGACAAGACAAACCCCACUCUUUCUUCAGCUUCCUCUAAAACUACAAAGGUUACCAGACCAACAACUGUGAGGGUGGCAGGUGUUAAAAAUGCAGUCCCCCAGCAGCAGCGAACCACAGUUCAACUCUCCACUAAUCCUACUGUCCAAGCCGCAGUGCCACACACUGCUCCACGCAACUCCAAGAGCUCCAGCCAGGCCAGGGGCACAAUGCCACCAAAGACCCCCAAAUCUGCAUUUAAUUCUGGGACUCAGGGUGUCAGGACUGUCCCCCAGGAUGGCAGGAAUAAACUGACAGCUGCUCAGGAGGAGAGACUGCGUAAACUCCAGGAGUGGCGAGAGGCAAAAGGCAUCACGUACAAACGCCCUCCAAUGCCUGUUCAGUCAGUGAGGAAAAGGACUUCCGCUCCUCCUCAGAAUUACUGGACUACUAUGGAACAGGAAGAUGAGGUCCAUGGCUUUGUUUGUGCUGUGGACCAGUCACUGAAUGAUUGCAUCAAACUUAUACAGCAGGGCUGCCCAGUAGACCAAGUAAGAGAUGUUCUGUCUCGGGUGCCAAUGGCAGAGAAAUUUGCCAAGUACUGGAUUUGCCAAGUCAGACUAAUGGAGAGAGAGGGAAACUUUGAUGUCCUGCCCACAUUUGAGGAAGCUGUUCGUAUUGUCAGAGAGUCUGUGGAUGAACUGCGCUCUGUGGUUUUUGAGAUCCUGAAAAGAAAAGAAGCAAAAGGCUCGUCUUCCAUUCAGAUAGAUGAAGAAGGUGAAAAGGAGGAACAUUAUAAUUCCCUGUGCACCCCAAAACCUGUUGCUGUGUGGAUUCAUGGGGAAAAGGGAGAGUCAUCUGUAAUAAAAUAUAAAAUCACAGCUACACCAAGUGGGAAAAUCGGUCAGAAGAAGGUGAAACCGGGUCAAAUCGGUGGCCACGAAAUCCGUUUCUUCACUCCGGUACGCCGCUCGCUACGCAUUGAGAGAACAGCGCCCCACUUCCCAGCAGCCCUACAGGAGCACGACCCCUGCGUAACAUCUCUCCGAGAGCUUCUGACACAGGGAGAAAGUGAGGGCGAUAGCACCCAUCUGACAGAAGCAGGAGAUUCUCCCUUGUAUGUGUACAGAGAAAAUGAGGCCCUGAAGGAGCAAGUGCAUGUCAGGUUGACUUAUGAUGAGGCAGUAGCCUGACAACUAAACUAAACAGAACAUUAUCAGGGGGAGGUUAUUUUUACCCAACAUUGUGUCUCAAGCAUCAACUUUCAUAACCUUUACUGGAAGUAACUCAUAUUUAUGUCACAUAACAGAAAGGUCAUGGGGAUUUGUCACAACUUAUCCAGUGUAACUAUUAUCUGGACUGUCAAAUGCAAACAAUGGAAUAAGAAAUUUUUUAUUUUUUUUUUUACUUUUCAUGGGAGCAGCUAUUCUGAUAUCAGAGAACAUUGAUUUAGGAAUGACUCCAAUUCUGUACAGUGUUUUCAUGUAAGUGCUUGGUACCCCAAGGUGGUCCACAUUUUGCUCUGUCCCAACUCUCAGCACGCUUUCCACAAGCCCAUAAGAGCACUGAACACCUAAUACAAGCAUACUGGGAGCUAGGUAAGACCAAAAAUGUAGUCCACAUUUUGGGUCCCAUUGACUGCUCUGUGUGUGAAGAGCAAGGGAUAUUUGGACAGUAAGAUAAAUACAUUAUUUGUGGUAAUUGUAUUGUUUGAGAAAACCAGAUGGUAUUUUGUAUCAGUUAUUCAAUAAUGUUUAAUAAAUGCAAUAAAAUGAGUGAUCACUUUGAGAUACACCUUCCCUAUAGAUGUGCUUGGAGGGUACUGAUCCUUUCCUGGUCAGUUUUAUGUAUUAGAGUGCACCGAUGGUUCUUUGUACAGCCGCACCAGACAAUUUUUUAAAACGGCAGGUGAUGUCUGGAUAUCUCGUGACUAUACAGUACUAUGUAAAGGUCUUAUGCAACCCAAGAAACAUAUGUUUAAGGCUGUUUAGCAGCGCAGUAUAUCUAUUUCAUUAAACAAAAAAAGUCCUAAGGUAAAUUCUACAUUUCUUCUUUACUUGUUUAAAAUGUCUAAGUAAUCCCAGUUUCAAAUAUAUGGA